UCUCAUCUAGCGGUUUAUUAUCUUAAAUUUGACUUCCUUUCCGACGACCUGGGGAACUUCUGACGCUAAUUUGCUAACCUGCAUCCACUUAACGUAACGUUAGCAGUUACACACAACAGCGAACUGCGGACAAAACAUUAACCACUUCGACUACGGUUCACACACUGCAUUUCAAUGGCUUACCAGUUUACUGAGGUAGAUAAGUUGAGGGAAGCGCUGUGCGAGAGUCUGGAAACGGUCGACAGAUGCCAGGAGGACAUCAGCAGCCAGGAUGUUUUGACGCGCAUCGAGAAAGUCAUUGAGAGGAUUGUCAUCGAUGUGUCUAAAGGUGAAGCACCUGUGCUGAGACUUAUAAAUAGAUCCUGCUGGAACAAUGUCAGAUUUCAAGAGUCUGUUGGUUUGGUGCUGAAGGACGAUGUCUCUCCAAAGUAUCUUCAUUGUGGCAAACCUACAUCAGCCACCAAGUUUGCCCUGAUUUUGAAGAUCUUGUCUAUUAUUUACAAACUUGUUCAAAGUGACUCCUAUGCAACUAAAAGAGACAUAUAUUAUAAUGACCCACAGCUGUUUGGGUCGCAGAGGAUGUUGGAUUCCAUCGUGGAUGACAUUUCCUGCAUGCUCAAGGUUCCUCGCAGGAGUCUGCAUAUUCUUGCAACAUCCAAAGGCUUCAUCUCAGGUGAUCUGUGUUAUUUGGAGGAAGAUGGCACAAAAGUGGACUGCAAUUCCAGCUCUACAGCUGUGUCGGUGUCUUCCAACGUUAAUGGAAUCAGAAACAUUGUAUCAUCUGCGAAAUUCAUUCUGAUAGUGGAGAAAGAUGCAACUUUCCAGAGGCUACUAGACGAUGACUUCUGCGCCAGACUUUCUCCCUGCAUCAUCAUAACUGGGAAAGGAGUGCCAGAUGUCAACAGCAGACUGAUGGUGAGGAAACUGUGGGAUGCGCUUCACGUGCCUGUCUUUGCUCUGGUAGAUGCAGACCCUCACGGCAUCGAGAUUAUGUGCAUCUACAAGUACGGCUCAGUGUCAAUGGCCUUCGAGGCCCACAGUCUGACUGUCCCCAGUGUGCUGUGGUUGGGCCUCCUGCCUUCAGACAUCCAGAGGUACAGAGUGCCAGAUGAAGCUCUUAUCCCAUUUGCUAAAGCAGAUGAGAGAAAAAUCAGCAGUUUGAGGAGCAGAAGCUACAUCACCUGUCAGCCCACGUGGGAGAGAGAGGUUAAAACGAUGCAGAAUCUGAAGCGGAAAGCAGAGAUUCAGUGUCUGGCGUCCAUCGCUCCUCAUUUCCUCACGCGUGUUUACCUUCCGAAUAAACUCCGCUAUGGAGGCUGGAUAUGAGCAUCUGCUGCCCUCUGCUGUAACAUACACGCAUGUUCUGCAUGAUUGAACACCACAGUUGUGAAGGUGUGUUGUCACUUGAUUUUAAAUGAGCUGUUCUUUCACUGUAGUGUGAGUUAUGAGCUUGAAUACGCCAUUAAUCACUUGAUUUCUGUUCUCUGAUGUCACAUAUUUGUUGCUUUGGCUUUGGAUGUAACGCAAUAAUCUAAGCCGUUCCAUUU